AUGCAGUUGCGGUGCCUUUGCCUCAUACUUUUCCAUAACCUGCUUAGACAGUUGUGUCAAUCGUCGGCAUUCCUGCAUUCAAUUGCCAAGCGGACUAAUAAGACAAAAGAAAAAAAGAAUUAUACUGUAUUACGGAAAGCUGGGUCCAAAGAAUUAUUCAUAGCUGCCAGAAGUUGGAUGCUAUCCGAAGACCUGUGCUUGUAUCAUAGCAGUAUAACAGAUAAUGAAGUUGAGGCUUGCGUAAGACCUCGACCGGAAUGGGUGUUAACGGAUUGUCAAAUGUUAGCUGAACUAGACUCUUUCGUAGAAGCCAAGAAUACUUUGCAGGCUACUAAACGAAUACACAGUGUACUCUCCAAUUCAGAUAAUAUGGAGGAAACAUUACCUCUUACCAAUUCCAAACGUCCAAGAGUUGAGACAAAGAACUCGUCUUACGCUUACGACUCAAUGGAACUUGAAGCAGUGGAGGCACAGAAAGUUUGUUUGCCUUCAAAAUACCCGACAACAAAUUUCAUGGAAACUGUUAUGUCACCGAUAGCCAGCACUUCCACUCAACAAAUGCCAGUGGCAACUUCUUCACCUAUAGCGCAACUAGUUCAGCAGACUACUAAGGAAAACUGUGAAUCAGAUAAUAAAGUAGCCAAUGAGUUGCAGUCCCUUAAAGGAGAAAUGCAUUCCUUUAAAGGAGAAAUGAAAGCAGAACCUCAGUCGCUGAAAACAAUGAUGGCGCAAUUGUUGUCAGUGAAUAAGUCAACGUGUGUGGCCGCCGUUGGAAGUGGGAAAUCAACCAUUGACAAUAGUCAACUGCAAUUCCCCGUAACUACUGAAGAAGAAUUCACCCAACUAGAAGCGUCACUUAAAAAUCCCAAAUUUAAAGAAUCAUUCAUGAUGAAAAUGGUGGAAAAAUUAUCUUUCAAUCCGGAGUCUUCGUUGAGAGCGAUGCUAAAUUAUGUUAUGGAUCCUAAGCUGUCAAGUCGUUUUACAGCAUUUGGAACUCCAAAGAAAUUGGCUCUCACUAAAUGCACCUUUUAUGCAGUUAUAACGUCCGUCAUUGUCAGCAAGUUCGUUUCGGCUACAAUUUUUGAUGACGACGUUAAGAAAAUUCUAAAAAAGACUGUAAAGGCCUACUUCCAUGAUAUACGUGAUCGCAUAGACAAAAGGGAUAGCCGGCGAAGAGUUGCAGUUGACAAUAAGAAAAGUGAUCAGAGGAUCUCUCCUGACACUUCAAUGGAUCUACUUGACGAUGGGGAAAAUUAG